AUGUCGAAAGACGACGUGGAAUUUCGGCCUGCCAAGUCCCUGGGAUGUCGAAAAGCUUUUGUGGCUCUCUCAAGGACUUCCUCGCUCACUAUAGCCAGUAUCAAGCAGAAAUUCAAACCAGGUGUAACGACCUCAGAUCCACCAAGCAGGGCAAAAGACAAGAAGCAGCGAAAACCCGCCCUUACAAGAGUCCAAGCAAAACAUAAACCAUCCAAGAAGAAAGCUGACAAGAAGACGUCUGGGAAGAGGAAGAAUAAGAAUGGAAAGAAGUCAACAAAGGAUAAGCGGACCUUCAAUGUACCUAACCGCAGGUCAAAAGCACGCAUGGAAAAGAGAACAAGAUAUAGCAAAGUAAAGAAGGUGGUAAACAUGCCAAAGAUCUCUUACAUUAAAUUGAAAAACUUCUUUAAACCAGUUUACAUUUAUGUUUUCUACACAAACUUGUACCAGCGAUUCGGGAACCCAAAAUAUCCCCUCUGUGAUACAGAGACCUUUCCUCCGAACAAAAAACGACAAGAACAAAAGUUUGGACCGCUUGAAUUCAACUUUUAUCACAAAUUUCCAAAGGAGAUUCGAUCUAAGAUCUGGAGAGCAACAUUUGAAAGUCGUAUUGUCAUUGUGGAAGUGCAUAGUAAAGUGGGCACUGAUAUUAGUAAGAUGAAAAUUGUUGGAGCACACAUGACCAUCCCACUUGCUUUGAGAGUUUGCCGAGAAAGUCGAGCUGAAGCACUUUUGUGGUACAGAGAUCUAGUCCCCGAACAUGUUAGGCCCAUACACUUUCAUCCUACUCUUGAUUCCUUCGCAAUCAGAAUCAUGAAGGUUGCUCGUAAUGCAGACCCGAAGAGAAGAUGGACCGAAGUCACUUAUUUCGUCAAAGAUAUUCUGUUAUUUCUGGGUCAUAUGGGCUCGGUCUAUAAACAAAUUCCGAAAUUCGUGCGAUGCAUCACUAUACCGAGAGCAUGCUGGAGUCACGAUCGAUAUUGGGAUACGACAUUGCAGUUGGCAUGGAAUGAAGGUUGGGGCUAUGAAGGAUUGAAGGAGAUUGUCGUGUUAGAGUAUCUCGACAACACAGCCUACCACUUGCAGCAUGAGAGAUUUCUUCAGGGGUACUUUAAGAUCAUAAAGCGAACGUAUCCCGAUUGCGUUGUGCCAAGAAUUCGAAUCAUUCUAGAUCGUUUGGGCCACUUACCUUACAGUAGUGACAGCUUCUCUGCGAUUAUGGGGGGUGGAAAAUAUGAAGAUAUCGACAAAAAUCAUGGCAGCUUUCGUAGGUGCAAUUCAUGUUGGGUUAAAUGGUUCGAGUCGGAUUUCUGA